CAAAAUUUUAGCGUUCCGGAUCCCGAACAAGCAUGGCAGCUUCCAUUAGAGCACGAUAAGUUUUUAUUGUAUGUUCAGGAUUGGUCUUGUUUAUUUGAUGCUAAUUUAUUAGCAAAAGUUUUAUUUUGUAAUGGUUCGUACAUUCUGUUGUUGGGAACAAUGCUUGGCCUACUUUUGAAAGAGGUAUCUCUGGCACUAAGGGAAGGUCGGAUCACUCCAUCUGAGCUUUGUCGUGAGUCUCUCUCCCUUAUUAAAAAAAGAAAAUUCCUGAAUGCUUUCAUCACUGUAGCAGAAGAUACUGCUUUACAGCAGGCCAAAGCAGCAGAUGAAAGGUUUGCAAAAGGUAAUCCACUUGGACCUUUGGAUGGAGUCCCAGUUGCAUUUAAGGACAAUUUUAGUACAGCAGGCAUUCCGACAACUUGCGCUUCAAAUAUGCUGAAAGGUUACAUACCUCCUUUCAAUGCUACAGUAGUCCAGAAACUGAUAGAUCAAGGUGCCGUACUGGUUGGAAAGACCAAUUUAGAUGAAUUUGCAAUGGGCUGUGGUAGUACUGACAGUGUGUUUGGACCAGUGAAGAAUCCAUGGAGUUUCUCUGAGAACUACAAACAAAGGUGCCAACUGAACUUUAAGAAGACCGAUGACUGUGACUGGCUGGUUGCUGGAGGUAGCUCUGGUGGUAGUGCUGUUGCUGUUGCCUCAUUAACAUGUUUUGCGACAUUGGGAUCUGAUACAGGUGGAUCCACAAGGAACCCAGCUGCUCACUGUGGAGUUGUAGGGCUAAAGCCCACAUAUGGGCUGGUUUCCCGUCAUGGUCUGAUUCCUCUAGUAAAUUCGAUGGAUGUGCCUGGCAUUUUCACUAGGUGUGUGGAUGAUGCAGCUACUGUUUUAGGUAUACUCGCUGGUCAUGAUCCCAAAGACUCUACCACUGUGCAAGAGUCCUUCAAGCCAUUUCAGCUCCCUGAUGGGAUAAAUGUCAAGAAUAUAUGCAUUGGUAUUCCUAAGGAGUAUCAUGCUGAAGGUCUGUCAAAGGAAACUGUGGAACUGUGGUCAAAAGCAGCUGACCUUUUUGAAAGGGCUGGUGCUAGAGUUGUUCAGGUGUCCUUGCCUCAUACACAGUACUCGAUUGUCUGCUAUCAUGUGCUUUGUGCGGCUGAAGUGGCAUCUAACAUGGCAAGAUUUGAUGGACUUGAAUAUGGACAUCGCAGUAACAUAGACAGUUCCACCGAUACCAUGUACGCAGCAUCAAGACAUGAAGGAUUUAAUGAUGUUGUCCGGGGAAGAAUUCUGUGUGGAAACUACUUUCUUCUGAAACAGAAUUAUGAACGCUACUUUGUUAAAGCCCAGAAGGUGCGACGUCUCAUUGCCAAUGAUUUUAUGAAGGUAUUCCAUUCUGGAGUUGAUAUCUUGCUAACCCCAACAACACUCUGUGAUGCUGUUCCAUACCUGGAGUUCAUCAAAGAAGAUAACAGAACACGAACUGCACAGGAAGAUGUUUUUACACAACCUGUCAAUUUAGCAGGCCUACCAGCUGUGACUGUUCCUACUGCACUGUCACAGAGAGGUUUGCCAAUUGGACUCCACUUUAUAGGUCGUAAAUUCCAUGAUGAACAGCUCUUGACAGUGGCAAAGUGGUUUGAACAGCAAGUGAACUUUCCAAAUGCUGUACUUAAAGACAUAAGCACCAGCUGCCGGGACCUUUCUUAGCACAGAGCUUUCUCAGCAAAUUAAUCACAUUUUGUGUGAUGUAAUAUGUUAUAUGAAGUAUGAAUGUUAUUUUGAAUUUUAACUCUGUAAAUAAAUUAUUUAUAUAUAUA